AUGCAUAACUCGGCCGAGCAGGGUCGAAUUGACCCCAAUCUCGGGACGAUGGUAUUCCUGGUUUUCCCUUUGCGAAUGAUGGUGGUACAUUCGGCAGGGCAGCUGCGGAUACGACCCCCCGAGGCCAAACGUCCAACACAGAACUCACCUCCGACCGUUCGCAUCAUGCACUCAGGACACGCGUGUAACGUGGAAGAGGAGCGUUACUCGGAGCGAGUUUACACCAUCCGAGAGGAAGAGACUCUUGAACUCACCUGCCUGGUCACUGGACAUCCACGACCACAGAUUCGAUGGACCAAGACAGCGGGCAGUGUUUCCGAUCGGUUUCAAGACUCCAGUGUGUUCAACGAAACGCUUCAUAUCACAAAGAUCCAGAGACAUCAGGGUGGACGAUAUUACUGCAAAGCCGAGAACGGAUUGGGUUCACCUGCCAUUAAAUCCAUUAGAGUGGAUGUCUACUAUCUGGAUGAUCCGGUGGUGACGGUUCAUCAGAGUAUCGGUGAAGCUAAAGAACAGUUCUACUACGAGCGGACGGUUUUCCUGCGAUGUGUCGCCAACUCCAACCCUCCCGUACGUUACAGCUGGCACCGCGGGCGAGACGUUCUCUCGCAGGGCUCUGAUAAAGGUGUCGAGAUCUACGAACCCUUCUUUACCCAGUUGCAGGGGGAAACGAAGAUCCUGAAGCUGAAGAACUUGAGGCCCAAAGAUUACGCCAACUACAGCUGCAUCGCCUCCGUCAGGAACGUGUGCGGCAUCGGUGACCGAAGAGUCGUCUUCAGACUCACUAAUAAAACAGCUUCUCCGUCCAUCAAGCUGUUGGUGGAAGAUCCGAUCGUGGUGAAUCCCGGGCAGACGGUGUCGCUCGUGUGCAUCACGACGGGCGGAGAGCCCGUGCCAACCCUCACCUGGUCCGUCAGCUCGGGCGCUCUACCUGUGAAGAGUGUGAUGAAGGAUGGCACACUCACCCUGCCUGCCAUAUCCUCAGAGGACGCUGGCAUCUACAGCUGCGUGGCCAGCAAUAACGUGGGAAACCCGGCGAAAAAAUCCACAACCAUCAUCGUUAGAGCACUGAAAAAGGGUCGUUUCUGGAUCACGCCGGACCCGUACCACAACGACGACAACAUCCAGAUCGGGCGUGAGGUGAAGAUCUCGUGUCAGGUUGAGGCCACGCCCCCUGAGGAGCUGCAGUUCAGCUGGUUGAAGAACGGCCGUGCGCUGCGGAGCUCCGAGCGGAUGGUCAUCACGCAGACCGAUCCGGACAUCUCGCCCGGCACCACCAACCUCGACAUCAUCGACCUGAAGUUCACUGACUUCGGCACGUACACGUGCAUGGCGUCGCUGCGAGGGGGCGGGAUUCCAGAGAUCAGCAUCGACGUCAACAUCUCGUCCACCACUGUUCCUCCGAACCUCACCGUGCCGCGGGGCAAAUCUCCGCUGGUGGCGCGUGAGGGUGAGACUGUGGACUUGGAGUGCCUUGUUUCAGGGAAACCCAAACCCAUCAUCCUGUGGUCGCGCGCUGAUAAGGAGGUGCCGAUGCCCGACGGCAGCAUGCAGACGGAGAGUUACGAUGGCGGGCUGCGCAUCGUGAACGUGUCGCGUGAGAUGAGCGGAUCUUACCGCUGUCAGACCAGCCAGUACAACGGCUUCAACGUCAAGCCCAGAGAAGCCAUCGUCGAGCUCAUCGUGCAAUACCCACCGGCGGUGGAGCCAGUUUGGCAGGAGGUCAGGCAGGGUUUGGGUCGGCCAGUGGUGAUGAACUGUCGCGUUCUGCGGGCGCAUCCGUCACGUGUACUGCGUUACGAGUGGAGGCUGGGCUCGCGACUGCUGCACGCCGGACACUUCGACUCGAGAGAUGAUACGGACUACACUGUGCGCAGCCUAAUGCGAGAGGGAUAUGGCGAGUACACCUGUGACAUCAUCAAUGAGGCGGGACCAGGACGCUGCACCUUCCUGGUGACUGGUAAAGCGUACGCUCCUGAGUUUUACUAUGACACCUACAGCCCGCUGUGGCAGAACAGACCGCGUGUUUAUGGAUAUAAGUUACAGUGGACGCAGAUGAAUCCAAACGCUGUGGAUCGCAUCAUGGCGUACCGCCUCGGCAUACGACAGACGGGGCAACAGCGCUGGUGGGAGCAGGAGAUUCCAGUGGACGGCAACAUUCAGAAAGGAGAACUGAUCACACACAACCUCACUGAGCUCAUCAGACCUGAAGCUUACGUCAUACGUCUGACGCCCAUCACACGAUUCGGAGAGGGAGAUUCCACCACCAGAAUUGUCACGUACAGUGCUCCCAUCAACCCUCAUCUGAGGGAGUUUCAUUGCAGCUUUGAAGAGGAGUCCAUUUGCAUGUUCACUCAAGACCAGAACGAUGACUUUGAUUGGACGAGACACAGCGCGGCCACCCGUGACACUAAAUACACGCCAAACACGGGCCCCAGCGGUGAUCGUAGCGGCUCCAAGCAGGGUUUCUAUAUGUACAUCGAGACAUCCAGACCUCGUAAACAGGGCGAUACGGCACGUCUGCUGAGCCCCACGUUUAACGUCGCCCCUAAAAACCCCUACAGCAUCACCAGCCCGCCAGCGUACUGCUUCACAUUCUAUUACCACAUGUACGGCAAACAUAUCGGCAGUCUGAAUGCGUUUGUGAAGCAGAAAGGUCAGUCCACUUCAGACGCCGGACCGGUCUGGUCUCUCAGCGGGAACCAAGGGGACCGAUGGAGACAGGCCAAAAUUAGCAUCCAUCCCAUUUCAUCUUUCCAGGUGAUAUUUGAAGGGAUUCGUGGUCCGGGCAUCGAGGGAGACAUCGCUGUCGAUGAUGCAACUCUUGAGGAGGGCGAAUGCCCCGACCCACCAUCCAAUCCUAUCAGAGGAACGGCUCCACACACAGUCUGCAGUAUAUGGCCGUUGUGCGUCACGCUGUUCUUUACGCUGUUGUUUCGUCAGAGGUGA